UUCUCUGCAGGAGUGGACAUGCACUGAUGGCCUUCAUGUUGUCAAGGCAAGAGGGAAAGUUAAACAGGCAGCAGACGAUGGAGUUGGGACACCACAUCCUGAAAGCACACAUUUUUAAGGGUCUGAGUAAGAAGACCGGUGUGUCGUCCAGUGUUCUUCAGGCUUUAUGGAUCAGCUGUAGCACUGAUGGUCUUUCUGCUGCUUUGGUCUCUCUAAGGAACCUCUACACACCCAAUGUCAAGGUGAGCCGUCUGCUGAUGCUGGGUGGAGCGAAUGUAAACUACCGAACGGAGGUGUUGAACAACGCCCCGGUCCUCUGCGUCCAAGCUCACCUGGGCCAUCAGGAAACAGUCAGCCUGCUGCUGGAGUUCGGAGCAAACGUGGAUGUG